AUGAACAGACAAAUCAGCAAGAAAUCCUUCAGUGGCGGGAGCCAGUGCUUCUCCGGUCGCUCCGCCGUGGUCUCCGGCAGCAGCAGGAUGAGCUGCGUGGCCCGCACUGGGGGAGCUGGCAGAGGGGCCUGUGGGUUCCGGAGCGGAGCAGGCGGCUUUGGCAGUCGCAGCCUCUACAACCUGGGUGGCAACAAGAGCAUCUCCAUCAGUGUGGCUGGUGGCUCCCGGGCUGGUGGCUUUGGGGGAGGGCGUGGCAGCUGUGGCAGUGGCUUUGGGGGCGGCUAUGGAGGUGGUUUUGGGGGUGGCUUUGGUGGUGGCAGAGGAAUGGGAGGUGGCUUUGGAGGGGCAGGCGGCUUUGGUGGAGCUGGUGGUUUCGGUGGGCCUGGUGGCUUUGGUGGGCUUGGUGGCUUUGGUGGACCUGGUGGCUUUGGGCCUGGUGGCUUCCCUGGGGGAAUCCAGGAAGUGACCAUCAACCAGAGCCUCCUGCAGCCCCUCAAUGUGGAGAUCGACCCCCAGAUUGGGCAAGUGAAGGCCCAGGAGCGGGAGCAGAUCAAGACCCUCAACAACAAGUUCGCCUCCUUCAUCGACAAGGUGCGGUUCCUGGAACAGCAGAACAAGGUCCUGGAGACCAAGUGGAAUCUGCUCCAGCAGCAGACCCCGGGCUCUGGCUCGGGUCCCCAAAACCUGGAGCCUUUCUUUGAAUCCUACAUCAGUUUCCUGCGCAGGCAGUUGGAUUUGGUGCUGGGGGAGAGAGGGAACCUGGAAGGAGAGCUGAAGAACAUGCAGGACCUGGUGGAAGACUUCAAAAAGAAGUACGAAGACGAGAUCAACAAACGCACGGCGGCAGAGAAUGAGUUUGUGGGGCUGAAGAAGGAGGUGGAUGCAGUCUAUAUGAACAAGGUGGAGCUGCAGGCCCAGGCGGACGCCCUCACAGAUCAGCUCAGCUUCCUAAGGACCCUCUACGAGAUGGAGCUGUCCCAGAUGCAGAGCCACGUCAGUGACACGUCUGUGGUCCUCUCCAUGGAUAACAACCGCUUCCUGGACCUGGACAGCAUCAUCGCCGAGGUCAAGGCCCAGUACGAGGAGAUCGCCCAGAAGAGCAAGGCUGAGGCUGAGGCGCUGUACCAGACCAAGCUUGGGGAGCUGCAGAGCACGGCCGGCAGGCACGGGGAUGACCUGAAGAGCACGAGGAGUGAGAUCUCCGAGCUCAACAGGGUGAUUCAGAGGCUGCGGGCCGAGAUCGAGAGCGUCAAGAAGCAGAGCGCCAACCUGCAGACGGCCAUUGCGGAAGCUGAGCAGCGCGGGGAGAUGGCCCUCAAAGAUGCCAAUGCCAAGCUCCAAGGCUUGCAGGCUGCCCUACAGAAGGCCAAAGAUGACCUGGCCCGGCUGCUGCGUGACUACCAGGAGCUGAUGAACGUCAAGCUGGCCCUGGACGUGGAGAUCGCCACCUACCGCAAGCUGCUGGAGGGCGAGGAGUGCCGGAUGUCUGGAGAGUGUCAGAGUGCUGUGAGCAUUUCGGUGGUCAGCAACGUCACCAGCACAAGCGGCAGCUCUGGUGGAAGCCGUGGAGGCUUUGGAGGGGCCAGCAGCAGCAGCGGUGGCUACAGAAGCAGCAGCAGCAGAGGCGGCAGUGGCGGCUAUGGAGGAAUCAGUGGUGGCAGUAGCAGUGGCUAUGGAGGGGUCAGUGGUGGCAGCAGUGGGGGCAGGGGCAGCAGCGGAAGCUACCAGAGCAGCAGCGGUGGGAGCAGGCCCAGCAGCGGAAGCAGCAGCUCGGUGAGCCAGAGUGGCUCCAGCUCGGGCGGCAUUCAGACCUCUGUAGGCAGCGGCUACAAGUCUGGCGGUGGAGGCAGCACCAGUAUCCGCUUCUCCCAGACCACCAGCUCAAGCCAGCACUCCUCCAAAUGA